CGGGUCGCGGGGAAUCGAGGAUUCCGGGGUCCCCGGACGGAGCCGGCACCAUUUCACCCAGUGACCGGCAGAAAGAGCCCGAGCUGUCGUCGCUGAAGGGGCCGGGCAUGGGGAACUGCCUUGCCUCCGAGCAGGCCGCCGUUGUGGAUGAUUUGUCUCCCUUGAAUGACUCGGGGGACGGGACCAGUCUCACCGGUGACCUGGUGGCCCCGUCCCCGUCUCUCGAGGAAAACAUGCCAAGCCCAGUGUACCAUCCAACCCCAAGCCAAACCCAGCUGGCCACUCAGUUCACGGAAGAAGAACAGAUCCGAAUCGCCCAGAUCAUUGGGCUCAUCCAGCACCUCCCUACUGGCAUCUUUGAUCCUGGCCCUGAAGCAUCCGGAACAAAAAACCAGGAAUGUGUCAUCUGCAUGCAGGACUUGGUUUCUGGGGAUUCUAUUCGAUUCCUGCCAUGUCUGCAUAUUUAUCACGUGGACUGCAUUGACACCUGGCUGAUAAGAUCGCUAACUUGCCCCUCCUGUAUGGAACCAGUAGACGCUGCUCUUCUUGCCUACUAUGAGGCAGAUGACAAGGAUCCUUAGCUUCAUAUUGUCCUCUCUUUCUCCUUUUUCUUUUUCUUAUUAACAACUUUGGCGAGCAAAAGAGGCUGGAAAUUUUGCACAUUUUUGAGAUACACCAAAGAAUCCCGCACCUCUCUUUGUGUUACUGGAGUGACUGGUGGCCUGGCUCAUAUGACACAGAAACUCAGAUUGUGAGCAUCUGGUUGGACGUCACUCCUGGAAGGAUGGAGCUCAGAGUUCAGCCGCUUCAAAAAUAUCAUUUUGAGGUAGUCUGUGUAGGCUCCUUUUACAUCUGAGCUUUUAAAAGAUGAGUCGAUACUUGGCGAACUUGCCAGCUGGAGAAACCUAAGCCCAGCCCACCAAAGCAGGCUGAGGUUUUAUUUUUACUUUCAUCUCACCUGUCAGUUUGUUCUCUGGAUCAUCCCACCCCAGAAAGAACUCUGAGGCUUGUUUUAAAGGCUGCAGAGAUGCUGCCCUAUGGGCUGUCAGAUAAUGUGAAAAGAUGUUGCAGGGACUAAUUCAUUCUGGCAGGAAUAAACCCACCACUGUUGCUAAUUC